GAGAAACGUAGCGGAUUUUAAUUAAUAUCAAGCCAGUACCUGUAGAAGAUGUCUGAAAUAAACAAGAGUUUUCCCUUCGAAGUGAAAGAUGUGGACGAGACACAAUUAAAGCAAUUGAAAAAUUACUACGACGAUACAUAUUUCAACUUGUUCAUGACGCGAUUCGGACCCAAAGGUUACCUGCUUACUCAAAGUUAUGAAACAAUCGGCAGAGAUAUUUAUAACGUGAAGAUAAGACCAACGGAUAUUUUUGUAACAACUUUCCCUAAAUCAGGCACAACAUGGACGCAGGAACUUGUUUGGCUGAUAGCGAACGACUGCAAUUUUGAAGAAGCCAAAGCAAUUAAUCUUAAUAACAGAUUUCCAUUCAUAGAGUCGGAAAUAUUACUGAAUUCAGCGGCUUCAAAAUUUCUUGCGAAGGAUAAUACAUUAAAGACAAGCUCAGAAAUUAAUUUACCAUCUGUGGAAAUGGUGAAUAAUUUGCCUUCACCGAGGUUCCUCAAGUCCCACCUGCCGCUAUCACUUCUACCACCUAGUUUGCUUGAUACCUGCAAGGUGGUGUACGUGGCACGCGACCCGAGAGAUGUCGCUGUCUCUUUCUAUCACCACAACUUACACAUAAAUUUUUUCUCAGAAGAAAAAGAUUUCAAAACCUUUUGGAACUUCUUUACAAAUGAUUUGGUUUCAUGGACACCAUUCUUCGAACAUAUAAAAGAAGCUUGGCAACAGCGUCAUCACCGCAAUAUGCUGUUUUUGUUCUACGAAGAACUCUCAAAGGAUUUACCAGGAUGUGCCCGACGUGUUGCAAAGUUCUUUAACAAAGUAAUCACAGACGAGCAAGUACAAGAACUUUGCGACCAUCUCAACAUCGAUAAUUUUAAAAAGAACAAAUCUGUCAAUUUAGAAGACCUAAAGGAGAUUGGACUGUUAAAUAAAAAAGGCAGUUUUAUAAGAAAAGGUAAAGUUGGAGGCUGGAGAAAUCAUUUCGAUGAAGAGAUGACAAGACAAGCAGAACAAUGGAUAGAAGAAAAUCUCCGCGACACAGACUUACGUUUCCCACAAUAAACACUACAUUUUUAAGCACCAUGUUUUGUUCACAAAUAAUUAUUUUUAUAAACAUAACUAAAUAUACGCCUACGUA